GGGGCACCGUUUCCUAAGCCCGUCGGAAAAGCACAGUAUUCGGGUGGGAGUGGCCCGAUUUUCCAGGUGCCGUCUGUCACCCCUGGAAGGGGAACUCCCUUACCCCUUGCGCUUCCCGAGUGAGGCAAUGCCUCGCCCCUGCUUCGGCUGGCGCACGGUGCGCUCACCCACUGACCUGCGCCCACUGUCUGGCACUCCCUAGUGAGAUGAACACGGUACCUCAGAUGGAAAUGCAGAAAUCACCCGUCUUCUGCGUGGCUCGCGCUGGGAGCUGUAGACCGGAGCUGUUCCUCUGAUGGAGUUUCACUUUGUCGCAUAGGCUGGAGUACAGUGGUGCGAUCUCGGCUCUCUGCAACCUCCACCUCCCGGGUUUAAGCGAUUUCUCCUGCCUCAGCCUCCCGAGUAGCUGGAACUUACAGGUCCAUUGUGCUUGUUGCUCCAGACCUCAUGCCUUCUGGACCCAGACAUCUCUGCAAUCUCGGAACUGGAAUACACCACUUCUUGUCAAGGUACUAGCGAGUUGCCGUGGGUACAGAAAUCUCUGCAGGCAAGUUGCUCCAGAGCAUAUUGCAGGACAAGCCUGUAACGAAUAGUUAAAUUCACGGCAUCUGGAUUCCUAAUCCUUUUCCGAAAUGGCAGGUGUGAGUGGCUGUAUAAAAUAUUCUAUGUUUACCUUCAACUUCUUGUUCUGGCUAUGUGGUAUCUUGAUCCUAGCAUUAGCAAUAUGGGUACGAGUAAGCAAUGACUCUCAAGAGAUUUUCAGUUCUGAAGAUGUAGGCUCUAGCUCCUAUGUUGCUGUGGACAUAUUGAUUGCUGUAGGUGCCAUCAUCAUGAUUCUGGGCUUCCUGGGAUGCUGCGGUGCUAUAAAAGAAAGUCGCUGCAUGCUUCUGUUGUUUUUUAUAGGCUUGCUUCUGAUCCUGCUCCUGCAGGUGGCGGCAGGUAUCCUAGGAGCUGUUUUCAAAUCUAAGUCUGAUCGCAUUGUGAAUGAAACUCUCUAUGAAAACACAAAGCUUUUGAGCGCCACAGGGGAAAGUGAACAACAAUUCCAGGAAGGCAUAAUUGCACUUCAAAAAGAGUUUAAAUGCUGCGGUUUGGUCAAUGGAGCUGCUGAUUGGGGAAAUAAUUUUCAAAAAUAUCCUGAAUUAUGUGACUGUCUAGAUAAGCAGAGACCAUGCCAAAGCUAUAAUGGAAAAGAAGUUUACAAAGAGCCCUGUAUUCCUUUCAUAAAAGACUUCUUGGCAAAAAAUUUGAUUAUAGUUAUUGGAAUAGCAUUUGGACUGGCGGUUAUUGAGAUACUGGGUUUGGUGUUUUCUAUGGUCCUGUAUUGCCAGAUCGGGAACAAAUGAAUCUGUGGAUGCAUCAAGCUAUCGUCAGUCAAACCCCUUUAAAAUGUUGCUUUGGCUUUGUAAAUUUAAAUAUGUAAGUGCUAUAUAAGUCAGGAGCAGCUGUCUUUUUAAAAUGUCUCAGCUAGCUAGACCACAGAUAUCUUCUAGACAUAUUGAACAUAGUUAAGAUUUGAAGGAUAUAAGGGAAAAUGAUAUGAAUGUGUAUUUUUACUCAAAAUAAAAGUAACUAUUUACAUUG